AUGACACCACGACUGCAGCGCUUUCGCAUGCGUGUGCUUGAGUAUGACUUCACGAUUUCACGCAUACCAGGAAAGGACAUGCACACAGCUGAUGUCUUGUCGCGCAAACCGCUGCAGUGCUCCGGCAAACACCUUGCAUCCGUCAUAGAAGAGUAUGAACUUCUGACCAUUGAACAGCUGCCAGCAUCAACUGAGAUGCUGAACAGGACCAAGAUCGAGCUGCAAAAGGAUGCAACGACAUCACUGGUCAUGCACUAUUGCACUACCAAAUGGCCAAAAACAGAAAUGCUGGCACCUGAGGUGCGCAAGUAUGCAAGUGUGGCCGAUGAACUGUCGGUCGUACAGGGACUCCUACUUCGGGGCACAAGGACAGUCUUUCCCCCUUCAUUAUGCAAAGAAGUUCUGCAGCGACUACGCACAGGACACCAAGGCGUUGUGAGAUGCCGAGCAAGAGCACGGGAGUCUUCAUGGUGGCCAGCAAUCAGCCAGGACGUUGAAACGUACGUGAGGAGAUGCCCAACCCGCACAAAGCACCGUCCUGUGGCAAAUGAAGACUUGCUCCAGACACCGCUCCCAGAACGCCCGUGGCAAGUGGUAGGCACAGACUUGUUCCACCACGAAGGGAGGAACUACAUAGUAGCUGUUGACUACUACUCAAGGUUUUUUGAGAUGGAAGAGCUUUGUGGAACACAAACCAAACAUGUGGUGCAGUUCCUUAGUAAUUUGUUCGCUCGCUAUGGCAUUCCGGACAUUUUGAGGUCCGACAAUGGCCCGCAGUACAGCUCACUCGAGUUCCUGCAAUUUAUGAGCAGUUGGGGUGUAAGACAUGUGACCUCCAGCCCACAUUACGCGCAAAGCAAUGGCGAAGCUGAGAGAGCAGUCCAGACUGCCAAGAACAUCAUCCGUAAAUCCACGAAUGUUGCGGAAGGCCUUCUUGCCCACAGAGCUACACCUGGACCCGAGGGUUACUCGCCAGCUGAGCUUCUCAUGGGCCGCAAGCUCAAAACAAACGUCCCUACUCUGCCUAAAACACUUGAGCCCAAGUGGAAAUACCAGAAGCAGUUCCGGCAAUACAAUGCGGUCAUUCGGGAGCGAGAAGCCAAACUCUACAAUAGGAGGCGUAAAACAAGAGACAGGCCACCGCUAAAGCCAGGUACAGUCGUUCAGAUCAGAGAAGGGAGCCAACAACAAGGAACCAUCUCUCUGAUCUCGUUGAACUGA